GUCUCGACAAACGUCUCUUAGCGGUUAAACGCCGCGAAGUCCGCUAUGUUUUGUUUACGGAAAUAAAACAAAAACAAAAGUUUUUUUGAAAAAUGUGGGUAGAUGUUAGUGGUCGCGAAAGACAAAGUUACAUGUCCCAAGCGAAUGGUUCUUUUAUUCCUGGAUACACAGGUCAUUGUCCCCUGCUGAAGUUUCGCUACGGAAAGUGCUACGGCGACAACACGCGACAGAUUCUCAAAGAAAUACGUUCCAAAGGAUUGUUUAAUAAGCCUAUGCAAUAUCGUCCUGGCGACAACUACGAACUAGACAAUAUGCCGCGACGCGACACGCCUAAUCGAGAAUACAGCAGGCACAGACAGCCUGCCUAUAUGACUGGCUACACUGGAUACGUACCGGGAAUGCAUUUCACAUAUGGAAAAUCUUACGGUCGAGCGGCAGACGAUUGCAUGGCAGACUUCACCGAAAACCAACGCGACAUGCGACGCAAAGCAGACUUGAACCGGAGUUUCAUUCGAUCGAGAAGCGCUCCCAAAAUGGAAACCGUGCAUUCGAGAGACGAGAUUCGACGAGAUCUUAACAGAUUCAUAGAGAUUAACAAAUAUAAAGAUAACACAAUAUCACCAGAAUUCCCUCCAAUAGCGGGUUACACUGGUCAUAUUCCACGUAUAAAGGGCUCAGAGGCCUCACUCAGUCAACGUUACCACUGCGCUGCGAAACGUGGCUUAGAACUAAUUAAGAUGGAGAGAGACAAAAUGAAACAACUACAAAACGCUGACGCAAACAUCAAAUCGAUCUUAAAAGACAACGAAAAGAAAUAUUCGUAUUGGAACUGGGGAUAG